AUGACGCUGCCCCACGUACUGAGCAAUGCGGGCGCAUCAGGACUUCAACGGUGGAGCUAUGCUGAGACGCGCGCUUUCAAAGAAAAUGCGCAGGCCAAGAGUAGGGAUGACGAGGGGUUUGGGAGAGGCACCGGCACUGAACAUGAUACACUCUCCGUCAUUCCAACUGCAAUCACUCGGCAGGUAAUCGUGAGUCGUUGAUGCCAACCCGCACAGAACAUCGUGCACCGUGCUGACGUAUCGAGGGUGUUCCUACAGCUUUCACAAUCAAGCAACACACGGCAAAAUCGCGUCGUCAGAUCAGUGCGUGUGCGUGUCUAUUGUGAUAGCUCUUCAGAAACUCAUCAUCUCACACUUGUAUUCGCAGUCUCAGCUCGAACGUCGCUUGCUCAAAGCCAAGCUUCCCUUCUGGCAGACUUCGAAAUUCAAAGACACGCGCAACGCGCUGGCUUUCGUGGGCGUGGGUGGUGGAGUCUAUUAUGCACAGCGCAAAACGCACUUCAUCACAAAUUGGCACAACAAGUUCAAGGCCUGGCGCAACAAGGGCAAGGAGGAAGAUGCCAAAAAAACGGAUGGUAAAGAGCAGCCUGCGAAGACGGAUGGCAAAGAUGCGCCUCCCAAACCGGAUCCAAAAAAGGAGGAUCCACAGCAAGAGGACCCUAACAAGCCCUAUCUGGUGUGGCAUGAUAGCAGAUAUCCUCUAGGCCGACCAACAACGCCCACAGCUCCUGCACCCGCGCCAGCUACACCGCAGACCCAAACCGGCGAAGGGGCGAGCGUGCCUACAGGUGCUGGCACGACGUCGCUCAAUAGGGACCCAGCACCGGUGCAGCGCCGAUCUGUACAGUCCAGCACUGAUCUCGAGGUGAGUGCAGUUACGGCCGAGAACUUCACGGUGCCGCCUUCCUUUGACGCAGUGACUUGGUGGUCGAUAUCUAGCCUCGAGGCAUUGGCAACUUGAUGGCGGCUGGUCUGGGUCUAGGAAUCGGCCUGUUAGGCGUCAAGUACUUUACUGGUGGAUUUUCUUCGAAACAUCCUAAAGAAGCCAAGGACUUUGCAGUGCACCGUGAUCAAGCUAGCUUGCCCGGUGCGGACAAACUUACUCCGAAGGACGUCACAUCGACUCAAAACACAAAGCCGAGUGAAGCAGUACACGCGGAUAAGGUGGAGCAAGCCGAGACAAAGACGAAGGAUGCACCGCUGCCAGAGAAGAAGACGGAGCAAUCGCACCCGACGAAAGACGUCGUUCCGACGACGACGACGCCACCGGCUGCCACUUCGCCAGAGAAGAAAGAGGAAGUGGCUCAUCCAGCAAAGGAACAGGCGCCACCUGUGGCUGCAUCCACUGCUCACAAUCCUGAUGAAUCAUUAGUGUACCCGGCCGUCGUUGACGAGCAUCAUCACGCGCACCAUUUGAGGGAGUCGGAAAUGCUGCAACAAAGAGCAUUGGCCGGUAAAGUGAGUGUGCGCGGGGGCAAGUCUUUGCGCACUGCACCUGGCUGACCCAUCCAUCGUCCCGCGCAGACUCGGCUGGAGCGACGCACACCCAUCCGUCUCGGCUUUCCGAAUUGGUUCGAAAAGUGGGCACCUUAUAUUACAGGCAUCAGCACGGGAGCCGCAACGACCAUGCUGAUGAGACAGCACCGCAAGAAGCCGAGCCAAGUCAAGCCAGAGCUGAUCAAGGGCGACUUUCUUCCCAAUUUGGCCAAGGGUCGCAAGAACAGCAGACGGCGCAGUCUUCAAGAAGAUUUGUUUGGCGCUUCGCUUGUCGAUCUGGACAUCUAA